UGACGUGGUAGCGUUAUAUAAAUCAACAUCAACUUGUGUAUUGUUUAUUACCUUACGGUCACCACUUCUGUUUGAUUGCAGCCCAUUGUCAAUCUGCUGCGCUUCGACAAUUCCUUCAUAUUUCGUCUAAAAUAUGGGAUGCACAAACUGUUUCAAACACAAGGAAGUGUCCGGAAAUCGAAUAGUCUACGCACUGCGUCGAUCGAGCGCACAACUGGGAGACGACGUUCCCAUGAAAAAAUUUUGCUCCAAUGCAAUUAUCUCAUCACGAUAUACAUUAGUGAAUUUCAUCCCAAAGAAUCUGUUCGAACAAUUCCAUAACAUAGCCAACAUUUUCUUUGCUGCAAUCGCCAUUCUGUACACGUUCGCUUCACCAGCCACAAGCAUUUGGGCUAAUUUAGGACCUUUGGUGGCCAUUCUUGCUAUAACAAUGAUUAAGGAUGGAGUGGAAGAUUUGUUUCGUCAUCGUCGGGACCGGCUGACCAAUCGUGCUCUUUUCUGUGUUUUGCAAGUAGAUGAGCAGGAAAAAGUCGUACACUGGAAUUAUGAACUGGCCGAAUCCAUCAGAGUUGGUGAUAUCGUUUUAUGUGAGAAAGAUCGUAUUCUUCCGUGCGAUCUAGUAGCCUUAUGUUCUAGCCACGAUUCCACGGUGGUUUAUUUGACCACUGCAAACCUGGAUGGCGAAACGAAUGUGAAGAAAAUUUACGCAGUUAAUGCUACCCAGUCAACGUAUGAGGCAUUCACUCCAGAGAAUUUGUCGAACAGCCUUCAUAAACCCGGAGACUUUUAUGGACUAUUAGAUCAAUUAUAUGUUCGUGUUGAGUGUUCAGCUCCGACUGAGGACCUUGGCAAAUUUGAAGGACGUUUGACCACGCACGAAACUUCCAACAUGAAUUUAUCAACAAAAAAUCUAUUGCUCCGAGGAUGCAAACUCCAUAACACCGAAUUUGUAAUCGGUUUGGUCGUGUAUACGGGUAGAGAGACCAAGUUGUCACUAAAUGGAAAGCAUUCGAGAAGGAAGUAUAGUUCACGUGAUGCGCGAUCGAAUGUAAUACUCCUUUGUUUCAUAUUCGGCAUGAUUAUAUUGUCAAUUUUGUUAGCUGUUGUAUUUACCAUCGUGACCACGCAAACAAAAGAUACGCAAUGGUACAUUCCAGUAGCUCGUCAAACACCUUGGGAAUUCGUACUGAAUGUGUUUCGUUUUGUGGUCAUAUCGAAUUAUCUCAUUCCGAUCUCGAUUAUUUUUACGGUGGAAUUUCAGCAAAUCCUACUAGCCUUUUUUAUAUCGAAUGAUUUGCGUAUGUAUGACAAGAAAGAGGAUCUGGUGGCCAAGGCGAACAGUUCUCAGUUCGCUGAUGAGCUGGGUCAGGUGGAGUUUUUGUUCAGUGAUAAAACUGGAACCCUGACUCAAAACCUGAUGUGGCUAUCCGUCUGUGCUGUCAUAGAUACGGACAAGAUUUAUGAAUUUCAACGGAGACCUGUGCAGCAAGCGAGCCACACUACCACCUCGGCUUUCAAAUCAUUGGGUGGUGGAAUUAGUGAAUCAUUAUCAUCAUCUUCAUCGUCUGACAGUGAUACAGAGGACUCGAGUUUGGUUUCGGGGAGCAGGUUGAAGCAAGGGAACGGUCGAUUGAAACCGGAUGCGAGUCCUGAGCUUCUGAGAUUUCUGACAAUGUCUGCCUUGUGUCACACAGUGGAGGUGUCUGACGUUGGGCUUUCUGGAAGCGAAUCGUACGUCUCGCAAAGGAGGAUGUAUAAUUAUGAGGCCACUUCACCAGAUGAAAAAGCACUUGUGGAAGGCGCUGCCAGGUUGGGUGUCGUUUACGCUGGUUGUCAACCCGCGGUUACAGAACCGUCCAUUCUACUCUACACGAUAGAAUACUGGCCAGAUGACUUUGAUGUCAGUUUAGAUAAACCCGUGGAAGUCAAGCAAUACUUUGUGGACGCCAUUUUGGAGUUCACAUCAACACGGAAACGAAUGUCAGUGAUGGUGCGCUAUCCGGAUGGGACAUGUCACGUGCACAGUAAAGGAGCGGAGAUUAGUAUGCUUUCUCCCGAGGUAUGCUCGAAAUAUUCCCCCGGCUUGUACAAAAGCGUGAUGCAGCGAUCAAGUGAUAUUGCUGCCGAGGGUUAUCGCACUCUGGUUUUUUCCAGCCGUCAGUUAGAAGAAAUGGAGUACAGAAAGUUGCUAAAGGAAUUACAGGAAGCAAAUGGAAUGUUUGGGGAGGACCGAGAGCGAGCCAUUAAGGAUGUGUAUGCAACGAUAGAAACGGACUUACGUCCAAUGUACGUAACGGGAGUGGAGGAUGUAUUGUAUCCUGGGGUGAAGAAAUGUCUCAACAACUUACGAGAGGCUGGGAUCCAGUGUUAUUACUCUCCGAGGGAUACGGCCAGGACAAUUCCCUUAUUGUCAAUCGAUGAGCGCCUCAGAGUUAUCCGGAGAAAGCUGGACUCAAUACGGUAG